UACUUGCUGGGCGCCAAAAGACCAAGGGAUCAGACCGAACCUCCAGGACGUAUGGGGAGAACCACCAAGACGCAGACCACGCAGGCGCGCACCCAGUACCCCCAGCGCAGGGACUCCCAGCAUGCCCCGGGAAGCAGGCCGGCGGCAGGUGCGCACGCGCGAGGGCGCAGUUGGACGCCCUGACGUCACCGGCACGCGCCGACUUCCAGCCCCGACGCGCUUCCCCCCCCACUCCUCCUCCCGCCGUACCCCGCUACCCCUGCGCCUGCAUCCCGCUCUCCAGUGUCGCUUCAAGAGCGCGCGUUUAUCCCGGGCAGCAUGGCCGCAGGAGCGCCCGGCGCGCGUCCACAGGCGGGCGCCGGCAGUUGGAUGUGCUCGCGCUCUCUGGCUCUGGCUCAUACUCACUCACACGGACCCGCUCGCCCCACGACCCCCGUGUAGGCAGGAGGUACGGCUCCCACAGCGACAGGUCACAGACACCUCUGAGCCCCGCAAGCCCGCAGGAACACUCACUGGCUGGCCGUUCCAGCCAGCCGCGCGCUGCCGGCCCCGGGCUGGGGGACCCCACACCAAGCAUCAGCACCAUGAAAGAGGACCUAGAGACCCUGCUGGCCUUGGAACGGGCCAACAUCAUAGCCAAUUACACUCAGGUGAGGCCCAGCGAGGGACCAUCGACACUAGGAGCACCCACCGCAGGCACAAGGGAGGCCCAGGUGGGGCCCAGAGCCAAGGAUGGGCCCAUCCAGCCCAGACAAGGCCCAGAGUCGUCAGGAACAAGUGCACCGGAGGCCCAGGCGGGGCUCAUCGGCAGGCAGGAGCGGCUCUGGCCCAAAGGGAAUCCUCAGCAGCAAGAGCAGUUAUGUCCCAGGCGGGGAUCAGAGCCAGAGUCCAGCAGAGGAGACCCAGGCACGCCCAGCAGGGUCUCCAUGGGACCCAUGGGAAGAUGCUGAGCUCUCGCUGUGCAGGCUCACGGACCAUCAUGGCUUUCUGCACAACUUCACCAGGAGACCCGGAGAGCCGACAAGUGGGUGAAGAUGCUGAGGAACUGGGAGCACCACUGGUCAGCGAGAAGAUGCAUCGUCGGGUGUAUAAAAGGGUCCCUCCGCAGGUGCGAGGUCAGGUGUGGAUCCUCCUGCUUGAUAUUGAGAAGGUGAAGUCCACCAACCAAGGGGUCUACGAGUUCUGCCCACAGAAAAUGAAGGAGCAGGCCCAGCUCUUCUCCAAGGACAUCAGGCAAAUUGACCUGGACGUGAACCGGACCUUCCGGAACCAUGUCAUGGUCCGGGACCACUAUGGGGUCAGGCAGCAAGCCCUGUUCCAUGUGCUCUUGGCGUAUUCUGUCAACAACCCCGAGGUGGGCUACUGCCAGGGCAUGAGCCAGAUCGUGGGGGUCCUGCUGAUGUUGCUGUGCGAGGAGGUUGCAUUCUGGGCGCUGGCUCAGCUGAUGACCACGGAGAGGCACGUCAUGCACGGCUUCUUCAUUCCAGGGCUCCCCAAACUGCUAAGGUUCCAGGCCCAUCACAGCCUUAUUAAAGCACAAGAGCUGCCGAAGCUAAAGAAGCACUUGGACGAGGAACAGAUGUGCACUGGCAUUUACACCGCCAAGUGGUUCCUCCAGUGUUUCAUCGACCAGACCCCCUUCUUGCUCAUUCUGAAGCUCUGGGAUGCCUACAUCCUGGACAGGGAGCCAUGGCGUAUACCAUCCUCAAGAUGCACAGCAGUGAGCGAGCCCGAGGGAGCCCAGAACGCCUCCUGAAGCUGCCCCUGGAAGGUCUUCAGGAGUUUCUGCAGGACACCCUGGCCCAGCCCUGGGCCCUGGAGGAUGAGGUGUUGCUCAGACACCUUUGAUCUUCCAUGGCCAGCUCUGAAGGAUAAGUGCGACCUGCCCCCUCCAGGUGGGCUCAGGGCCCCAUCCCCUCCCGAUUCACCCUCCUGGGGCAGGACACAGGGGACAGAGCCCCCGGGGCUUUCCUCCUCAUCUCUGUCCCUCUCCUCUUCUGCUCCAACCUUGGGGAACCCAGGCCAGGGCCGGGCGUCCGGGCGCUCACUGCAGCGGCUGGGCACCAGCACCUGGAGGGCUGUUGUCAGGAGCAGGCCAGGGUGGACAUGCAGGGAGCCACGAGCACACGCUGGGCCCCAGCCAGCUGGGGACAAACAGCCUGCUGGGGACGCUGACGCAGCCUGCCUCUUGGCAGCCGGUCCUGAGGAGUUCCCCACGAAGCCCCUGGGCCUGGAGGAAGUGUCCCCGGCACCCAAGCCCCGCCUCCCUUCUUGUGUUGAGACGCUCCCCAGAGUGGACGGGCCAGCCUCCCCGGGCCCAGCCACCCAGCAUGAGCAGCCGGGACCCCUUCCUGGCCAGGCCAUCCUCAAGGCCGAGGAGCUGCUGCAGGAGGGAAUGUCCAUGGAGCCCUCAGCUGCACCCCUGCAGCCGGGAGGGCCAAGGGCCCAGGUUCUGGCCCGGCUGCCCCCAGCCCAAGACCCCUUGCUGGCCCAGCUGUCCCCUCAGCAAUGGAAUUCCCUCCCCAACCUCCCGGUGCACCAGGAGGGUGCAGGCAAGUGGCCCCCCCGACGUGGGCUCGAAGCCACAGCACUGGGUCCCUUUCCGUUCAGCCCCUGCCUGGGCCACCCCAGUGGGCACACCACAGACCAGGCCUCGGAAUGCCCCUGGGACUCUCGGGACGGGGUCCCCCCAGCCCAGGAAAGAGGAAGCUGUAGGGCCCAGGACACCCUUCCUGCUCUGUGGCCACUGCAGCUCAUGCCCUUCUCGGGGGUGACCAGCACAGCCGAGACAGAGCCAGGGCCGCGCUGAGCCACAGCCCCGAGGCCCCGCACCUGCCUGGGACCGUCCGACCUCUGCAUCCACAGGGCUGCUAGAUGCUCCCUGGCCUCUGGAGCAGAGCGUGAUGCUGAGCGUGGGGGCCCUGGGGCUCUGGGCAGCCAGCACCAUGCCCUGCCUCAACACACUGGCCUGCCUGGACAGCGGCAACCCCUCCAGGAGCACAAGUCCCUGAGCUGGGGGGACCUCAACUGGCCUGGCCCCAGGCCCUGGGGGGGGCAGAGACGACACAAGCCCCCCCCACGAACAAAAUGAAGACGGAUGGGACGGAGCCCCCCGUGGCCCUGGCCAGUGCUGGGUUCUGGCCCAAGCCUGGGCGAGCCCUCUCAGAGCUGUGUGUGUGUGGCCCCCUGGGACCUGGGCAUGCCCCACAGAUCCACGUCUCCGACCUAGGGCAGCGCUGGGAACCACCGGCCACCCCAGCUAAGGCUCAGCAGGAGCAGGCCGGUGGGGCCCCCCCUCCCCCUCCCCCACAGCAGGAGGCAGGUGCCGCCAGAGGCUGGCUCUCCGAGUCACCCGGCAGCAAUGGGCAGAGGCCGAGGCCAUGCAGACGUGCUGGGACCCUGCCCGGGAGCCCCAGAGGUCCAGCUCAGGUCGGCCAUCCUCAGCACCCGCCUCUUGGUGGCCCCAAACUCAGAAAUGUGCCACCCCCCGGAGUCAGCACAGGCUCCAAGGUGGGGGACACGAGCGCCCACGCCCCCCUGUGAUUUCAGCCUUCCCCUAAAGAAGCAGGUCUCCCUCCCCUAAAGAAGCAGGUCUCCCUCCCCAGAGGAAGGCUUGCACCCUUGGUUCUGAGCCCGUUUGCUGCUGAAAGUUCAAUAAAGUGUUGUGUUA